GAACGAGAAACAGUGCUGCUGGUUACGUCGAUCCGUCAUUCUUUCGGUUAUUUCACGAAUACGCCCAAUGAGGCGGGACCCGCACUGGACGCCACGACCACCACCACCGAAAAGAACAUACACAAAUCGCGAGAGCAGACCUUCGCUCUCCGCUCCCGUUCAGUGAAACCACAUUCUCCGUGGCAUAUAGGACACCUCCCACUCUUUUAGCCACCGCUGAGCAAAGCAUGCAUUUAAAUGUGGUAACGUUUCCUGGCUGAUCCAGUCUAUAAACAGCAGCGCAAGAAAACACUAAACAUGCACUAUUAAGCAUACAUUAAUGCACUUUGCCUAUAUGUUUAAUGUAGAUUUGUUGUAACCGUUAUCUCAGGCUCUUGGGAACUGGGCUCUUGGGGGUUCCAAGCUUGCAGAGGCUUAUUUUCAAUGCUGGAAAUGCAAAGAUGUGCUGCGGGAAACAAUUGGUGUACUCUAGCUGGCCCUGAAUCGCAGCUGCACCGGCCGUGCGUGAUACGGCUGCUGCCAAUGAAGGCGGUUGUAUGCAGAGCACUGCUGGGCUGUCAGCAGCAGCGACCGAAGGGCUUGGUGCAGGAUUUUGAUGAUGUCUCACAUGCAGGCAAAUGUUGGGAGGACACAGUGACCACACCGAGCCAGGCAAAGCACCAAGGCACAAGGAAAAGCCUUUCUUUUAACCUGGCUGCCUUUGAAGAAGUGACUCAGACAUCCUCAUGGCCUGUAAAGAUGCGCAGGACCAAAGAAGCAGAGGUCUGCCUGGCUUUCUUCCUGGAGCUCCAGCCCCUGACCGCAGCUUUCACCUCUCAUAUCCCCACCCAGAGAACCAAGUGUGGCAGCCAGCUCUCCCUCGGCCAGGCAGUCUUCCUCCUGGGCUAGAAUAUUUAAGCCAGUUAGACCUGAUAAUUAUACACCAGCAGGUGGAGCUUCUUGGAAUGAUACUUGGCACUGAGACCUCCAACAAAUAUGAGAUUAAAAACAGUUUGGGACAAAGAAUUUACUUUGCAGUGGAAGAAAGCAUCUGCUUCAAUCGUACUUUCUGUUCCACACUUCGAGCUUGCACUCUGAAGGUCAUGGAUAACUCAGGUCGGGAGGUGAUUACAGUAAACAGGCCCUUGAGGUGUAAUAGCUGCUGGUGCCCUUGCUACCUGCAAGAGUUAGAAAUCCAAGCCCCUCCUGGUACUAUAGUUGGUUAUGUUGCACAGAAGUGGGACCCCUUUCUGCCUAAAUUCACAAUCCAAAAUGCAAACAAAGAAGAUAUUUUGAAAAUUGUUGGUCCUUGUGCAACAUGUGGCUGUUUUGGCGAUGUGGAUUUUGAGGUGAAGACCAUUAAUGAAAAACUUACAAUUGGGAAGAUUUCAAAGUACUGGUCAGGAUUUGUAAAUGAUGUCUUUACCAAUGCUGACAACUUCGGAAUUCAUGUUCCCGCAGAUCUAGAUGUGACAGUCAAAGCAGCAAUGAUUGGUGCUUGUUUUCUCUUUGAUUUUAUGUUCUUUGAACAUUCACUAGCUGGAUUAUAACAAGUGAGAUGACAAAAACGAUCAAGUAUGCAAGAACAUGUUUCAAAAUCCCUUGGGCUCUGGAUUUCAUUUCUCAAUGGUUUGCAAUAUUUGCUUUUUUUGUAACAAAUGUUAAUUAUUACAUGUAUUAAAGCAUAAUGUAAUGAAGCAA